GCCUCCCUGACCCCAAGAUUGCAUUCCCAUGCUGCUGGCAGGAAGCUUCAGGCCAGCUGUCCUUGCUGGGAUCGCCCUUCCAGCCCGGCUCACAUACCGUCUCUGUUCCCUUCCCCCUCCAGUGGACCAGAGCAUGUUUGAGAACACCAGCGCCAGCACGGCACCCACCCCGCGGCUGCAGCACGUCCCUUCCUCGGCGGGCACUCUGCCACAGCCCUCCCGCCCCGCCAGCAGCCAACACCUCCGCAACCUGGGCAAGGCCAUGGGGGCCAAGGUGAACGACCUCCUGCGCCGAAAGGAGCCCACCAGCCUCCCCAGUGUGGGAGCGAUGGAGGCAAACGCCGGCGUGGGCGCCAUACUGGGCACAGCACAGCUGGCUGUCGAGGACGGGGCUGUCGGGCUGGAUGCCUUUCCCCGGCUGGACCCCCCACCCCCCAUCGCCAAGAAGCGGACACCACGUGCCCUGAAGACCCCGCAGGACAUGCUCAUUGCUCCACAGCCAGAGACCAGUACAAGGAUUAGCACAGAGGAGCCUCCAGAACCACCCACAGACCACCCUGACCUUGCAGAGGAGCAGCUGGAUACGGGAGACCCAUCCCUUCCAGAAUGCCCUGGGGUGCCCAGCACGACAGGCACCCCAGAGCCCAGCGGGAACCAGCCCACUGGUGCCCUACCUGUGCCUGACCUCAUCCAUGAGGGCAGCCAGGAGAGCCAGUGGCGAGUGGGUGAAAGGGCCACCGAGCUGUCACCCCCCACAGAGAAGCCCUCACAGAAACCAAGGCUGGAGCAUGAGGCACCACGGAGCACAGGGCGGCCAGAGCCACGUACCCCUGGCUGGGAGGUGGAGGGGACCCACCCCGACUUACUGUCCUUUGAGUAGCAGUGGGGGAACCAUGACAGGGGCAGUGUGGGGGCUGGCUCUCCCAAACAUGUCUCUUGCUGCCACUUGCCAUUUUUGGGGUCUUUAUUUUGGGAGGAGGAGCCCCAGGGUGGAAGGAGCCAUUGCUGCCCCAGUGUGGGGCAUGGGGAGCCAUGACAACCUACUUCUCCCCAGAUUCCUGGGAGGGGCACAGCGUGUCCUGCCAUGGCUUUUGUGGCUUCUGCAACCCCAUCCUGGGCCUGUUCACCCUGGUCAGUGCCAAGGUCCUGUCCUGCCAUGGUGUCACUACCACCUCAUCUGCAGAUAGGAGCCAUGCUGAGAUGGGGACCAAAGGGGUGUGUGGGGGCAGAAGUGCCAGUCUGCCCCAACCCCAUCAGCUCUGCUGGAGUGAGUGUUCCACACUAUUGUUCCCCAUUUCUGUGCUAGCUGCCAGAGGACUUCCCCAGCUUAUGCCAUGUGCUUGCCAAGAUACUCUAUCCCAGGGUGCCAGCAGGCUCACCCAGCUCUAGUGCUGGCUGCCAGGGAGCUGGGAGAGCAGAAGUGCCCAGGACCUUCUCCAGGUGAUGAACCCAUGGCAGUACUCUGCCCAGUGCCAUCUCUCUGGAGCAGAGCCUCAGAUGCAGGAGACCUGCUCACAGC